AUGGCGGACCAGCAACUUGCGACCAAGGCAGCGGCCCCUGCGCAGCCCAUCAACUUUCUUCUCGACAUUGUUAACGGGCGACACAAGCUUUCUCGGGCCAUCCCCAUUGCUCUCCUGAUCUUCGAUGCUCUCCUCUGCAUCCUGAUCAUACUCAAGGUUCCUUUGGUCAUGGCAUGCUACUGGCAGGCAAAGGUUCCGCCCUACAUGUUUCCGAUUCUUGUCCUGUCGAAGCGACUACACAGCAUCUUCGUCCUGCGAUGCUUCAACGACGGUGUCGCAACUCUUUUCUUCUGGCUAGCCAUUUUCAGCAUGCAACGUCGUAACUGGGCUGCUGGCGCGCUCCUCUACAGCUGGGGCGUGGGGAUCAAAAUGUCCUUGCUCCUUAGCCUGCCUGCCGUGGCUGUGAUCCUCUUCUUCGGCCGAGGCCUGAAGGGCAGCUUACGCUUGGCGUGGCUCAUGGCACAGCUACAGGCUCUGAUCGGAUUGCCCUUCUGGGCGAGGCAUAUGCGGUCGUACUGGGGUCGCGCAUUCGAGUUGUCGCGGCAGUUCUUGUACAAGUGGACAGUCAACUGGCGCGUCCUGUGGCUCUUCAUCACGACGCGCUGGCUCAAGCCCGCCCAGAAGCCGCUGUCGGCCAUGAUCCCAGCACUCCUCAAGGCCGACUCGCCCUUCAACCCCCUCGAGGAGAUCCAGGUUUCCGGUUUCGUGACGGCCAAGUACAUCAUGACCACGGUCCUGACGGCCAAUGUUAUCGGCCUCCUCUUCGCCCGGUCCCUCCACUACCAAUUUUAUGCCUAUCUUGCCUGGGCGACUCCAUACCUCCUCUGGCGUAGCGGUAUCCCGUUCCCCCUUGUCUACAUUCUGUGGGGUGUACAGGAGUGGGCCUGGAAUGUCUACCCCAGCACAGAUGCCAGCUCGAGCGUCGUCGUGGGUAUGCUGGCCUUCACUGUUGGCAGCGUGUGGUUCGGAACGGCGAACGACAAGCUCGAGAACGCACCCCUUCCAAAGCCUCACCUACCACCGGGCAGGAAGGCUGGGUCGAAAGAGCAGUGA